AUGCAAGCGAUAUUGCCGUCGCUGCCCGAGUCGGCGCCGCACGAUGGCUCGCUUCUCGCGAGGAAGAAGCCGCCGCAGAGUGCCCGCAGCAUUCUUCUGCGCUCCAAGGUGGAGCCGCGCACGUCGCGAAGCACGGCGCGCCGAGGCAACACCCGCCCCACGCCCGCGUCCAACAUCUGGUCACACGUGGUGCGGGUGGCCGUGCAGAAGAAGAAGCGCGAGCCAACGCCAAGCGACAACGAUGGUGACGCGCUCUCGUCGGCGAGUGUGGCCACGAAAGAGCUCACGUCGCUCGCAACACUGCUCAAGUCGUCGCGGCUACGAAAGUUCAAAGGCAAGUCCAAGGCGCGCCCCGACCUCGAGCCGUCCAACGCGAUGCGGCAGUGGGCGCUGCCGAUCCAUACGCAGCCCACCACUGCCGCGCAAGAGAAGGAAGACCACCCGGACAUCAGCGACGACAACGACCUCGGCGAGCUGGCGCGGCGCAAGCAAGAUGCGCUCACGGCCAACCACGGGCGCAACUUGAUCCUGGACGAAGCGUGCCGCGCUGCGUUCACAAAGGACGCGGAGAACCGAUCGCACCUCGAACUCCAAUCGCUCAAAACGUGGUUUCUCAAAACGAAGCUCAAAACGUGCACUGAUUUUGAGGCUUUGCAGCCCCUCGAGCUGACACUACUCUGCCGGCGUAUGAAGCUCGCCACGUACUACCCCAACGAAGUCGUCUUCAAGCAGGGCGACGAUGGCGAUGCGCUCUACAUUAUCUUUUCCGGCAUGAUCCUGAACGCAUGUAGAAUUUGUCAUAUAGAAAAACAACUAGGGUCCGUGGACGUGCGCGUGAGCCAAAAAAUUGGCGGCGAAGUAAUCGAAGUUGUCGUGUGCGAACUGCACAAAGGCGACUUUUUUGGCGAGCGAAGCCUCUUGCGCGACGAGCCACGCGCCGCGACGGUUGUCACCAAGACAAUGACUGAACUCGUGUCCAUCUGCCGCGAAGACUACAACGUCAUGCUCAAGCAAGACCAGCAGGACUUUAUUGAUCGUGGAAAAGUCGCGCCUGCGAUCGCCGCGGCGGUGCGACGAGUAGCAUGCCCACUCCACGAGACGUACGUGCGCAUUUUGCGCAAGAAGCCCAACUUGCGCACGAAAGCGGACGUCGCCCUCCUCACAACGUACAUCGAGACCAUCAAGUUCUUCCGCGCGCUCCCAAAAGCAUUCCUGCGCGAACUCUGCAGCGUCAUUGAGCUCGUGACGGUCGGACCCAACACGACCAUCUUCCGCGAGGGCGAGGUCGGCAAGCUCUUUUACGUCAUCAUGACGGGGUCGGUCGACGUCAAAGUCAACUCGGUCGACCGGCGUGGCGGGAAAGGCCAAAUGAAGCUCAUCAACCUCAGCGAAGGCGCGCACUUUGGCGAGCUCGCGCUCAUGAAAGCCAACGGGCUCCGCUCGGCAACGGUCGUCACGACCCAGCUGUGUGAGCUGCUCAUCAUUGCCGAACACGACUACAACAACAUUUUGCGCAAAUUGCAAAAGGAAGACAUGUCCAAGCGUCUCGAGCUCCUGGAUAAAAUUCCCAUGUUUCAAAGCGUCGAGUGGACCAACGAGCUCCUCGAAGAGAUCUGCUAUGUGCUCGUCGAGCAACGGUUUCCCGCCGGCUCGACGCUGUACGCCCAAGGGGACAAGGCGAUGCAAAUGUACUUUGUGACGCGCGGCGAGUGCGUCCUCACGCGCACGGUGGUCGACCCCAAGACGCAAGUGGCGCACGAAACGACCAUUGAGCGCUUGGGCCCCUUCAACGUCGUUGGCGACGAUGCCGCAACGGGUACCAACUUUAACGAAGUCAUUUACCGCGCAGAUACGGUCACGGCGACGACACCGAUUGAUGCGCUCGUGCUUACUAAAUACGACGUCUUCAACCGCCUUUCACGGGGCGCGCGCGAGACGCUCUGGAGCCACACGCGUGCACACAAGGCCGCCAUGGUGGUCAUGGACCAGCUCUACAAGUCGCUCAAGUGGAAGGCCUACACGAAGCAUGUGUUGGCCACCGAAGUUGAUGGGCAAAAGUUGGCGCGGCGUCUUCGCCACCGCCCCGCGCCGUCGCUCGACCCCAUCGCGAUGCGACCCAAGAUGUCACUUCUCGAAAGCAACGAUUUGCUGCUCGUGACGCCGCCAACGUCGAGCCCGUCGUCGGCCAUGACUCUCGCCAAGUACACGACGCAGUACAAUCCCGACAUCACCACCGAAGACCGCGACCACGUCAUGGCGCUGGCGAAUGCCACCGAGUGUGCGGAACGCGCGGCGCGCGCGGCAGAUGGCAACCCUGCCGAGUACUUGCGCUAUUUGCACGACAAUGGCGAGACGCCCAACGACGCCGUCAAAAGCAUCAUCAGUGAGAAGGACUACUUCUCCGAGCACUACAUCUUUUCGAUGACGACGCCGCCGCUGACGCCACGACCGCCGCCGGCCAAGAAGCCUCUGCAUGCUGCCCGUGCGUCGCGCGCCAACCUCGGCGUUCCCCGUGCACCGGUGCUGCUCGAGUUUGCCCCCAAGAUUGUGGUCAUCAACGUCGCCCACCAACAGCUCCAGCCGGUCGCGCCCCACCCAGCGUUUCGACUCGCGGGGAUGUUCGCGUCGAAAGAAGCCGCCGAGACCGCAGCCAACGCCAUCGAAGAGUACGAGGCCAAGCACGUGCGAAAUGGCUUCAAGGCCGAGCGAGCGAUCGGGUACUACACCAUCGACACGGGCAAGUAUGUGCUCGUGCCGUCGACGCUUGAGUGCCUCCUCUCGCCGUACUACUGCGACCAAGCGCUGCAUGGCAUCAUCGACGAGCACACAGACUGGAAUUACUGGCGCUCGACGCGCGCCAAGCACUGCGCGUCCCGGCCCGUCACGGCAGACGCAAUUCAAAAACUGCUGCACGACGCGUGUGGGCACGUGAGCCAAGUGGCCGCCAAGAAGAGCCAGCGACCUUCGUCGGUGGCGCGUUCGGUGCAUUUGCACGACAUUGUCGACUACCACAUCCCAAUCGAGCUCCGCGACGGCGGCAGCUUUGCCUGCGUGAGCAUCGUGCUCGUCGCCAAGGAAACGACCGAGCCCGUCCUCGCGGUGCACGGCUGCUUUCGCACCGAAGCCGACGCGCUGUCGUUCGCCGAGCGCGGCAAGAUUCCGCAGCUCGUCGAUAGUGCCAUGCUGUGUGUGGUGCCCAUGUACGAGUGGGUAUUUUUCGAUGACGCGGCCGAGUGGUGUGUCUCGCUGCGCAAGUCGCGCGACCGCCAGCUCGGUUUCGACGCGCUCAAGAAGCAAGUCGCUUCGCACCACGCGCACGGCGUCGCGGCGCUGCCCGAGGUGCCGCACCCGGUGCCAACGUGGGUCCAGGAAAAGGAGCAAGCGACCAAGAUCCACCAACUCGUGUGCGUCCAUCUCGGUCUGCGCCUGCCCGAGGCGGAUAUAGCCAACGACGACGAGGGCUACACGCCCAAGAUCAACUCGGUGCUGGAUCAAAAGCUGGAUGCGCUGCGGGACAUCCUCACGGCCCAGCACGCGCGGUCGGCCAACAUGACGCUGAGCAAAGUCCAGAAAAUGCAGAAAAUGAGCAACCUCAUCAAAGCCAAGGCGGGGUUGGCCAAGGACACUGCCUCCACGGACACCGACGUCGCGUCAACGACGACGGCGCCCAACUAAGAACAGUACUAAGACCUGCUCUAAGAGCAACACUAAGAAGAGCUCCAAGAACAACACUGAGAACAGCACUACGGACUGCGUUAGGACCAGCUCCAAGUAAGAACUUGUCGAUAGCAAUUAUGCAUCAAGGAUUACUCCUUGUCAUGAGGACACCAGGAUGCUGUUCGAGCGGCGACCGUAGAUCAAGGUCAUGGGGACGAUGUACGAGGUCGUCUCUGAUAAGCGAACUGAGGCG